AUGAGGUGGAUUCUGGGUUUGAGUCUCACCCUGUGCCUGGUGGUACAGACAGCCCUAGGUGCCUUGCACACCAAGAAGCCUCUAGUGGUCACCAAAUACGGGACACUCCAAGGCAAGCAGAUACUCGUGGGGAAGACACCCCUCCAUGUCUUCCUGGGAGUCCCCUUCUCCAGACCUCCUGUGGGUUCCCGUAGGUUUGCUCCUCCACAGCCCCCGAAGCCCUGGAAAGGAAUCAAAGAUGCCACUAACUACCCACCUGCGUGCCUUCAGGAGUCUUGGGGACAGAUAACUUCCAUGUACUUAAACACGGGGAAACAAUACAAGUGGCUGCGCUUCAGCGAGGAUUGCCUGUACCUGAACGUGUACGCGCCGGUUCACGCCCAUGGGGACCCUCUGCUGCCGGUGAUGGUCUGGUUCCCRGGAGGCGCCUUCCUUGUUGGCUCGGCUUCCACUUACGAGGGCUCUCAAUUAGCAGCCCGUGAGAAAGUGGUGCUGGUGUCUCUGCAGCACAGGCUGGGCAUCCUGGGCUUCCUAAGCACCAGUGACAAGGAGGCCCGAGGCAACUGGGCGCUGCUGGAUCAAAUUGAGGCUCUACGCUGGGUUCAGGAGAACAUUGAGGCCUUUGGUGGAGACCCAGACAGCGUGACCUUGUUCGGGCAGUCGUCGGGGGCCAUGUGCRUUUCAGGACUGAUGUUGUCACCUCUAGCCCAGGGUCUCUUUCAUCGGGCCAUUUCCCAGAGUGGCACUGUGCUAUUCAAAGUCUUCAUCACUCGUGACCCAUUGAAGGUGGCCAAGGAGGUUGCUCACCUGGCUGGCUGCAACCACAACAGCACAAGGAUCAUAAUAGAGUGUCUAAGGUCUCUAUCAGGGGCCCAGAUGAUGCAUGUGUCCAGGAAGAUGAAUUUUUUCCACUUUAACUUCCAGAAACAACCUCAAGAGAUCAUMUGGUUCCCGAGCCCUGUGGUGGACGGUGUGGUGUUCCCAGUUGACCCUGUGGUGCUCCUGACCCAGGGGCAGGUUUCACCUGUACCCUAUCUUCUAGGUGUCAACAAUCUGGAGUUCAGUUGGCUCUUGCCUUAUAUCAUGAAGCUCCCACGAAACUGGUAUUCAUCGAAGAAAGAAGUUCUCACCAGGCUGCUCUGGAUUACCAGCACCCUGUUGAAUGUCACUAAGGAGCAGAUACCACUUGUGGUGGAGGAGUACCUGAACGACAUCCCUAAGCAUGACUGGAAGGUGUUCCGAAACCAUGUGAUGGACCUAGCUGGAGAUGCCACCUUUGUGUACACCACGCUGCAAGCAGCCCGCUACUACCGGGGAACCCCAAUGAUGGGAAGUUGCCCUGCUGGCCACGCUAUGACAAAGAUGAAAAGUAUCUGCAGCUGA